AUGGCUCAAGGGAAAAUGAAAGUCAAAAGUAAAUUGCCACAAGGAGCUAAAUCUAAAAAGGGAAAGACAAAAGGAAAAGCUGUAACGAAGCGACCUAAUGCUCCUGUUCGUAGUAAGAAUCAGGUUAUACUGAAGAAUAAAAUGAAGGCAACAGUGACUAAAAUGGUGAAUGCGGCCGCCGAGAAGCAGUUGAGAUCACUUGCGACAGACACUCCUCAGUUAUCUGCAGCUCAACAAAGGGUUGCAUCCGCUCCCACUGCACCAGCCGUGAAAAAAUAA